CCACGGAGAAACGAAACGUUAUACGGAAAUUUUUAUCUUUCUUUGAUCUUCUUUUCAAUCUUUUUUUGAUUUUCUGUUGUAAAAAGACGAUUAAAAUUGCGAGUUUUAAAAAUCCCUAUUAACUACAAUUUCGUAUCAUUUUUUCCCUUCUUUCAUCUUCACAUUUCCCUAAACAUCGCGCAAGCGCAUUGUUAUAUAACGUAAGCGCAGCGCUAAGUUUGUGUACUUUAAAUUUAAGUUACUGUUAUUUAACGAAAUAAGGAAACAAAGGUUAGUUCAAAAAUACAUUUUGUGAAUUUCAAACGGAAAACAAUUUGGAGAUUUUGAAUAACUCUAGAAAAAAAGUCGGUGUCAUUUUCUCUAAAUUUUAAUACACAUCAUUGAAUAUUACAAAGAAUUGCCUCUGGUUAUAAAGGAUAGAAUUUCUAAUUUUUCACAAGGAUCUCAAAUUUAACGGACAGUAGCAAAAUUCUGGCUAAUUAUUUGAUGAUUCUAAAAAUCAUUUAAGUGAAAUUAAAUUUAGUUUUGAAAGUGGUUUGAAGCUUAAACUGUUAUAAAAUUAUAGAUUUAAAGUCAGCAAUGGAGUUAAAAAGCUCUUCUAAUCCUAGUGGAUAUAAUGUAGAAGGUUUGAAUCCAAGAACAGAUUUUAGUAAUUCCAAAUUAUUGGAUGAUACUAAAAGCUGUUUAAGUGAGAACUAUUUCUGUUCAAAAAGUGAUUUAGAUAUUGAGCUUGAAAAGUGUUAUAAAAUUUUGGGCUCAGAGUCAUUGGUGGAGUCGAAAAGCUGUUCAAGUCCAACAGAAUGUAGUGUAGAAGGUCUUGUACAAGGUACAGAUUUUGAAUUAUCGGAAGACACUAAAAACAAUUUCUGUUCACAAAGUGGUUUAGAUCGUGAGUUCGAAAAAUGUUAUGAAGCUUUGGAUUUAGAGCAACCAGUAGAAAUAAGAAACUGUUCAAAUACAAGUAAGGAUAAUAUGCAAGAUUUUAUUCCAAAAACAGAUUUUGAAUAUUCCAGAUCUGAACUAAGACCUAAUUCACCAUCUGCGAUGAAUAAUAUUGAUAAUUUAAAUAUGCAUGAAAUAUCUCACAAAAGUCUUGAAAAUUUUGAUCCAUUGUCUUCUAAGAUUAAUUCUGAGAUUUUCCCACAAGAAACUCAUAACUUGAAGUCAAAAGCUGAGUUGGAGAUGAAUAAACUACAAAUUUUGAAUCUAAAAAAUGAUUUGAAGAGUCUUAAUAAAUUCUCCAAUUUAGAAGAAAAAUCAGAUGUUGUGAAAUCUAAUACUCAGACUUCAAACAAUCUAGGCUUGAAAAAGACUAAAUCUUCAAGCUCACUUGAUUCUCAGGCUUUCAAUGCAGAUAAUAGUUAUAAUGAUUUUGAUGUUAAAAAUAAGAAAGAAAUUUUAUCUUCAGAAGAUAAAAUUUUAAUUAAUGAGACUGAAUAUUCGAGCAAGGAAUCAAAGUUUGAUGCUUCUUUAAAUAGUAACAAAACAUCAAAUGAAAUUGUCAACUUGCUUGAUUCUGAAACUUCUAAUUCAGAGAAUGCUAAUUAUGACAUUAGUGCAAAAAAUAAGAAUAAAAUAUUAGCCCCAGAUCAUCAAAUUUUAAUUAAUGAGACUGAAUGUCCAAGCAAGGAAUCAAAGUCUGAUGCUUUUUUAAAUAAUAGCAAAACAUCAAAUAAAACUAUCAGCUCCCUUGAUUCUCAGACUUUUAAUGCAGAUGUUGCAAAUGAUGAUUUUGAUGGUAAAAAUGUGAGCAACAUUUCUUCAAGUAAUAAAAUUUUGAAAAUCAAGACUGAAUGUCCGAGCAAAAAGUUCAAGUCUGAUGCUACUUUAAAUAAUGACAAAACCUCAAACGAAACUGAUACUUUUAAACGAGGGAUAUUAAACAAAGAUGAGUUAAAGAAAAGGGAAAUUAAGGAUUACUUGGAGGAAGAAAAAGAUGAUCUCAUUAAUCCUGGAUGGGAUGCAAUAAAAAAACUUACCACCAAUGAACAACGUUAUCAACAAGUACGGAAGUGUUGGGAAUCACGAAAAAUUCCUGAUCCAAACAAAAAUUUGACAUAUCAUUCCUACAGAAAAAAAUUGUUUAGCUCCAGGCAUCCUGAACCCAGGGCUGUUACUAAACAGAAGAGACAGGCUUCUACUCAGUUAAAUGGAAAAAGUGCCAAGCGUCAUUGCACCUUUUUUCUUGAUAAAGAAAUAGAUUCUAUUGAAAAAACCAAGGAAAAAGAAAAGCAAGCAAUAAUAAAUGAAAUGCAUGAUAAAAUUAGUUCUAUUGGUUAUGAGGGUUCAAGAUGGAAUAGGGCAGCACCGUAUCAUCACAAGUUUAAUUCUAGAGUUUCAAUAAUUAAAAAUGAGUAUUUUAAAAUUGCAGAUACUUGUGAAGAUAAAUUUAGUGAUAAAAUUUCUUCGUUAAAUGAACGUCGCAAUGAAGUCUUACAGUUUUAUGGUUUUUACAAAGGAUUGAAUGAUUCAAAUAAAGACCCCACUCAGCUGACUGAAUCACAAUUUCAAGAAUUAAACGAAAUAGAAGAUGUGUAUAGGCAAUUUGGCAUUUACUACAAAGAUUGAUGGAUGAUAUUGGUCAACAACAUGUCAGUUCCCAAGUUUUAAAGUAUUGAAUUCAGACAUGGGAACAUUAAUUGUUUCGAAAUCUUAAAUCUAGAUAAGGAAUCCUCUAUUUACACAGUGGAAAUGAAAUUUACUAUGAUGUUUAAUACUAUAAAGAUUUUAAUAGUUUUCUUUUUCUAAAAGAAAUAUCAAAUAUUAAAAAAUUCCUUUUCAACAGUUUAUAGUUGCAAUCUAGUUUAAAUAGUGAUAAUUUCUGAAUUUAAUUAGUGAAAACUAAAUUAAGUGAAAACUAAAACACAACAAUUGGAAAAAAGAUUAAAUGAAAUAUUACCAACAUUUUAUGAAACUGGAACAUUUAAUAAAUUAAUUAAAGCUCUUCAAUAUUUUUUGGAAAUAAAUAUAAUAAAACCUAAUUUUAUCAUUUCAUAAAGAACUGCUAAAAUAUAAUUAAAUUUUAACAACACUACAAAUUAACUUUUAUUUCUAACAAGAAACUUUAAAUAAAUCACAAACUAAAUAUCUAGUCUACUAUUAAUCACAUAAUGGAUUCGUAAUUUCAAAAAGCAUAUUAAUUUUUUUAAUUAAACACUGUUAAUUAUGAAUACACAACAGAAUUUUUAAUAUCCAAAGAUUUUAAAAUUCUGUAUAAACUAAUAUGAAUAAUUCUUUUAAAAGUCGAUAUGAAAAACUUUUUUCAGCUUUUUAUAUUGAAUCUAAUAAGUUAUUUUUAAUUCAACUUAAUUAUUAGUUCUUUUAUACUUCUGAACAAUAAUAUGAUUAUUUGUAGUUUCUUUCAUUUUGUCCAAAGUAUUAGAAGAAAUAGAUUUCUUUCAGACAAUUUGUCAAUCCUAAUUUUUAUAUCAUUACAUCUAUCAAAAACUAUGAUUCCCUUAUUUAAAAAUUUUAAUUAACUAAAGUAGAUUCACUCUACUAUUUCAGAUGAUCAAGAUUCGAUUGUAUUGAAAAUAAUUUUUGUUUAUUUGUCAAUUUCUAGGUCUGAAAUGUCUAUUUUAACAUUUAAUUUUAGAUACUAUAUUUUAUACAGUUUUAGUUACUAUUGUCACUUUAAUUAAAACUCUAGAUAAAAUUCUUGCAAAAUACAAAUAAUCCAGACCUGUGAUAUUUGAGUUUUGAAAAAUUGAUUGUUGUGUUAUCAAUGAUUUUAAUAUUGUUUACAUUAUAAGUUUUUUGUGUUCAAAAUUAUUAUAAGCAGAUUUUUGUGUGAUUUGCUUAACAUUGGAAUUAUUAGCACUGUCAUUUGUUGGUAUUUUUUGAUAAUUGAUUACAAUUUAAUACACAAUACAAUUUAAUUUAAUACACAAAGACAAGAAAAUUUGAUGUAUUUUUUGUUUGUUAAAGCAUAUUGUAAUUAUCUGUAAAUAAUCUAGGAAUAUGUAUAAUAGGAGAUAAAACAGAAAUAAAUGGAAAAAAAUGUCUCAUUAAA